GAGGUGGUGGUAGUUGUUCCAGAGGUGAGUUGGCAGCUGGGAAAACCACUGAAUUUGACGGUGAAAACGUAUUCUGUUUCUCACACUGAAGAGGAUUUAAACCGGGAAUUCAGGUUUUUUAUUGAUGCUCAAUGGAAAAGUCAUCCUGAAGGAGGGACGCUUCCUCUCCUAAAUACUCCAGCCAAAAAUUUCUUCGAAUUACUGUUUUCUCACUGUAGGAGUCUGUUUAACGACAAGAAAUUAGUGGAGUACUUGAAGCAGAGUUCCUUUGAUGCUGUGUUUCUGGAUCCUUUCGAUGUGUGCGGCUUAACUGUUGCCAAGUACUUUUCUCUGCCCUCUGUGAUCUUCAGCAGGGUAACAUUUUGUCAUUACCUUGAAAGUGGUACCCAGUGUCCCAGCCCUCCUUCUUAUGUCCCCAGAAGUCUCUUGAAACUCUCAGACACUAUGACUUUCAAGGAAAGAGUGUGGAACUUCCUCUCCUACAUGGGGGAGCAUGCUUUUUGUCAUAUUUUUUUCAAAAGUGCCACAGAAAUUGCCUCUGAAGUUCUCCAGACCCCAGUGACUAUGCAUGACCUCUACAGCCCAGUGUCCAUUUGGUUGUUACGCACAGACUUUACCUUGGAGUUCCCCAGACCUGUGAUGCCCAACAUGGUCUACAUUGGUGGGAUCAACUGUCACCGGGGAAAGCCACUUUCCAAGGUACAUCAUCUUUCCUUUAGCACAUGA